AAAUUGAAGCUUUUGAAGGAAGUAACCAGUGAGAAAAUAGAUUAACUAAAGCACAAUGUGAGCGAAUUGUCUUCUACCGGAUCACUAUCGAAUGUGCCCAGAUGAAACACGUCUUGUAAGACCUUGCGAGAUCUGAUGCUUUCUUGUGAAAUCUUGUACUUUAGUUCCAAAAUACGAAUCAGUUCGGUCAAGUCUCUUUCGAACGCGCUGGAGACAGUUACAAACAUAUCGACCCGCUAAAAAAGAUUUUAUGGUUCCUGAUAAUCUUCAAAAAACACUUGAUGGUCAACGUUUUCUUGCAUUCGAUGUUGAUAUUGGUUCAAGAAUGCUUGGUUUUUGUUCUCAUGAAGGUCUUUUUCGAUUGUCCAUAAGUUAUGGUAUACAGUUAUCGCCUGCUACAAUAAUGACUGAUUUCGAAGAUGGCGCAAUUCAGGCGUUUCAAACACGUUUUCCAAAUGCCAAGUGUUUAGGAUGUCAUUUUCAUUUUUGUAAUUGCCUUUGGAAAAAAGCAGGAAAACUUCAUUUACGCAAUAUAUUAAAUAAUGAUGGUAACAAACAUUUUCUUGCAUCAUUAUUUGCACUGCCACUAAUUCCAAAGGAUCAUAUUCAAUUUAUUUUUGAUGAUUUCCAAUUUAAUGUUCCACAAUAUCUUAAUAUUGUACGUUUUAUAAAAUAUGUAGAAAAAAAUAUAAAUGGUGCAAUUUUUAGUCCAGAUAUAUGGAAUUUAUUCGACUUCAUAGGAUUGCGUACACGUACCAACAAUCCUAUUGAAGAUUAUCAUAAUAAGCAAAACAGGUAA